UUAAACAGAAACAGCACCUCGUUCAGCAUCUGUCCCGUUGUACUGCAAACAAGAACCCGCAAAGGUUCCCCAUCUUUUGCAUCCCUGGAGGCGUACUUUUCACUGAUAUCCAUGCAAGAGCAAGCAUAUUCUUGCCGUCAGUGCACCUACGUGACCAGGGACAGGGCAAAUAUGAGGAGACAUGUUCGCGUACACACGGGCGAGCGCCCCUUUAAGUGCCACUUGUGCCCGGCCGCGUUCACUCAGAAAUUCAACCUCGUGGCUCACGUGCGCACCCACACGGGUGAGCGCCCCUAUUCCUGCGUCCAAUGCGGCGCGUCCUUUUCGCAGAAACAGCACCUCGGCACCCACUUGCGCACACUGGGGAGAGCGUCCCUAUCACUAGUGCAGUGUGUGUCGCAAGGUUUUCAUUGCCUUCUUUUUUAUCUCUGUGACUUUGCAGGUUCUCCAAUUUUGACACCUCGGGAGCAGUACCGUUCACUUGUGUCGGUAGAAGGUGGACUGCAUUCGUGCCAUCAGUGCACCUAUGUGACCAAGUAUAGGACGCACAUGCAAAGACACCUUAGCAGACACACGGGCAAGCGACCCUUCCCGUGCCACCUGUGCCCGGCUUCGUUCGUCCAGAACACCGAUCUCAGGCAUCACAUUCGCAUCCACACGGGAGAGCGUCCCUUUUCCUGUGUCCACUGCAAUAUGUCCUUUAGUCGAAAACGCCAACUCAUUAACCACAUGUCCUCUUUUCAUGUAAACGAGAGGCUCUAAAGGUCAAGCCCACACACACGCUUUUUUCAGGAGCUUAGUCAACUGAUUGACUUAUUUGGCUAAGGUUAACUUGUAAAGUGCCUCUGAGUGUUUUUGGACCCCUCAGGUUAUAAGUUUCUUACAGCAUAUACCUUGAGAAAAUCCUGUCGUGAAUGAUUCAAUUUUAAGUAUAAUUGGGUGACUUUGUAUUGAUUCUGUAAUGGAUUACCUUAAAUGCAGGUUAUUUUUUGUGUUACACUGUUGAGGACAUCAUGGUAAAUAAAGGAGAUUAGUUCAUCUAUGUAGUAGCUCAUCCCUGCAUGUUAGUCCGCUUGGCAUAACCCAACUGUUUUCUUAGUUGCGCCUUCAGUGGUAAGUAAGCACAUUUCGCAGGUGAGCUUCUCUUCUACGUUAGAAGCACAGUAUGUAACUGAAAAGCAACUAUGCAUUUUAUAAAAUAAUGGUAUUCAAUUGAAAGUAUUGUAAAGGCAAGUCUUUUGUAAUGAAAUACAAAACAAGAAAGUUACGCUGUAUGAA